AGAGAGAGAGAGAGAGUGAGAGAGAGAGAGAAAGGACUCAAGAGAUCAGAAAUGGACUCUUGGGUUCGCCUUUUUUUGAUUGUUGUGGCAAUAUGCUUUUCUCCGGCUUUUGUUGAGUGCAGAGUCCGGAACUACAAGUUCAAUGUGGUAACGACAAAUACUACCAGACUAUGUUCAAGCAAGCCAAUUGUCACCAUUAACGGCAAGUUCCCAGGUCCCACUCUCUACGCCAGAGAAGACGACACUGUUCUUGUAAAAGUCGUUAACCGCGUCAAAUACAACGUUACAAUCCACUGGCACGGAGUUCGGCAACUCCGGACCGGGUGGGCGGACGGGCCGGCAUACAUAACCCAGUGCCCAAUCCCACCAGGUCAAAGUUAUGUGUACAACUUCACCAUCACUGGCCAACGUGGAACCCUGCUUUGGCAUGCUCACAUUCUCUGGCUCAGGGCAACAAUUCACGGCGCCCUUGUAAUCCUGCCUAAGCUUGGCGUGCCUUAUCCGUUUCCUGCACCCCAUAAGGAAGUUGUCGUUGUAUUAGCUGAGUGGUGGAAAUCAGACACUGAAAACGUCAUCAACGAAGCAAUGAAAUCAGGUUUGGCACCAAACGUCUCCGAUGCUCACACCAUAAACGGCCGUCCGGGUCCUGUCUCAAAUUGUACUUCAGAAGGCGGCUUCACAUUGCCUGUCCAAACCGGCAAGACCUACCUCCUACGCAUAAUCAACGCUGCGCUCAAUGAAGAGCUCUUCUUCAAGAUCGCCGGUCACAAACUCACCGUCGUCGAAGUCGACGCCACCUACGUCAAACCCUUCUCCAUCGACACAAUCGUCAUCGCCCCGGGCCAAACCACCAACGCCCUAAUCACCGCCGACCAGAACUCCGGCAAGUACCUAGUUGCCGCCUCCCCCUUCAUGGACGCACCGAUUGCGGUCGACAACGCCACCGCCACUGCCACUCUCCACUACGCCGGCACCCUCGCCAACGCCGCAACAACACUAACCGUCCCGCCGCCGCAGAACGCCACCCAAGUGGCCAACAAGUUCACCAACGGCCUCAAAAGCCUCAACUCAAACACCUUCCCCGCAAAAGUCCCGCUGUCGGUUGACCACAACUUGUUCUUCACCGUCAGCCUCGGAAUCAACCCGUGUCCGACGUGCAAGGCCGGAAACGGAAGCCGAGUCGUGGCGAGCAUCAACAACGUCACUUUCGUCAUGCCCACGACGGCUCUCCUCCAGGCGCAUUACUUCAAAACAAAAGGAGUUUUCACCACCGAUUUUCCGGCGAACCCGCCUAACGUUUUCAACUACUCCGGGACUCCGCCGGCGAGUCUGGCGACCACGAAUGGUACGAAACUUUACAGGAUCAAAUACAACGAGACGGUUCAGCUGGUUUUGCAGGACACAGGGAUUAUAGCACCCGAAAACCACCCCGUCCAUCUCCACGGAUUCAAUUUCUUCGUGGUCGGAAGGGGAACUGGGAAUUACAAUCCGAAAAAGGAUCAAAAGAGCUUCAAUCUUGUUGACCCUGUUGAGAGAAACACUGUUGGUGUGCCUUCUGGUGGAUGGACUGCUAUUAGGUUCCUCGCAGAUAAUCCAGGAGUUUGGUUCAUGCAUUGCCAUUUGGAAGUGCACACAACAUGGGGGCUUAAGAUGGCAUUCUUGGUGGACAACGGGAAAGGACCAAAUGAAUCGCUUAUACCACCUCCAAGCGAUCUUCCAAAAUGUUGAUAUAAUUGUUUAAUGGAAAGAAAUGCAUAGCUCAUAAAAAAGCAGGGGUAUCUCCGCAAUCAAGAGGACGAAGAGAUAUAUCCAAAAGACAAAUUAAUCAAAUGACAAGAAGUAGAUGGAAAAUAAAAACGACAAGGGAAUUAAACU